AUGCAGAGCUAUUCCGUGACCCCAUUCAAACAAGUCAGGAGGCUCAAGACGUAUGCCAACUUCCCAGAAGCACCUCAGGAGGAGGCUUCUCUCAGCAGUAGGCUCAAGACGUAUGCCAACUUCCCAGAAGCACCUCAGGAGGAGGCUUCUCUCAGCAAUAGGCUCAAGACGUAUGCCAACUUCCCAGAAGCACCUCAGGAGGAGGCUUCUCUCAGGAAUAGGCUCAAGACGUAUGCCAACUUCCCAGAAGCACCUCAGGAGGAGGCUUCUCUCAGCAGUAGGCUCAAGACGUAUGCCAGCUUCCCAGAAGCACCUCAGGAGGAGGCUUCUCUCAGCAAUAGGCUCAAGACGUAUGCCAACUUCCCAGAAGCACCUCAGGAGGAGGCUUCUCUCAGCAAUAGGCUCAAGACGUAUGCCAACUUCCCAGAAGCACCUCAGGAGGAGGCUUCUCUCAGCAAUAGGCUCAAGACGUAUGCCAGCUUCCCAGAAGCACCUCAGGAGGAGGCUUCUCUCAGCAAUAGGCUCAAGACGUAUGCCAACUUCCCAGAAGCACCUCAGGAGGAGGCUUCUCUCAGCAAUAGGCUCAAGACGUAUGCCAACUUCCCAGAAGCACCUCAGGAGGAGGCUUCUCUCAGCAAUAGGCUCAAGACGUAUGCCAGCUUCCCAGAAGCACCUCAGGAGGAGGCUUCUCUCAGCAAUAGGCUCAAGACGUAUGCCAACUUCCCAGAAGCACCUCAGGAGGAGGCUUCUCUCAGCAAUAGGCUCAAGACGUAUGCCAGCUUCCCAGAAGCACCUCAGGAGGAGGCUUCUCUCAGCAAUAGGCUCAAGACGUAUGCCAGCUUCCCAGAAGCACCUCAGGAGGAGGCUUCUCUCAGCAAUAGACUCAAGACGUAUGCCAACUUCCCAGAAGCACCUCAGGAGGAGGCUUCUCUCAGCAAUAGGCUCAAGACGUAUGCCAGCUUCCCAGAAGCACCUCAGGAGGAGGCUUCUCUCAGCAAUAGGCUCAAGACGUAUGCCAACUUCCCAGAAGCACCUCAGGAGGAGGCUUCUCUCAGCAAUAGGCUCAAGACGUAUGCCAACUUCCCAGAAGCAGCUCAGGAGGAGGCUUCUCUCAGCAAUAGGCUCAAGACGUAUGCCAACUUCCCAGAAGCACCUCAGGAGGAGGCUUCUCUCAGCAAUAGGCUCAAGACGUAUGCCAACUUCCCAGAAGCACCUCAGGAGGAGGCUUCUCUCAGCAAUAGGCUCAAGACGUAUGCCAACUUCCCAGAAGCAGCUCAGGAGGAGGCUUCUCUCAGCAAUAGGCUCAAGACGUAUGCCAGCUUCCCAGAAGCACCUCAGGAGGAGGCUUCUCUCAGCAAUAGGCUCAAGACGUAUGCCAACUUCCCAGAAGCACCUCAGGAGGAGGCUUCUCUCAGCAAUAGGCUCAAGACGUAUGCCAACUUCCCAGAAGCAGCUCAGGAGGAGGCUUCUCUCAGCAAUAGGCUCAAGACGUAUGCCAGCUUCCCAGAAGCACCUCAGGAGGAGGCUUCUCUCAGCAAUAGGCUCAAGACGUAUGCCAACUUCCCAGAAGCACCUCAGGAGGAGGCUUCUCUCAGCAAUAGGCUCAAGACGUAUGCCAGCUUCCCAGAAGCACCUCAGGAGGAGGCUUCUCUCAGCAAUAGGCUCAAGACGUAUGCCAACUUCCCAGAAGCACCUCAGGAGGAGGCUUCUCUCAGCAAUAGGCUCAAGACGUAUGCCAACUUCCCAGAAGCAGCUCAGGAGGAGGCUUCUCUCAGCAAUAGGCUCAAGACGUAUGCCAGCUUCCCAGAAGCACCUCAGGAGGAGGCUUCUCUCAGCAAUAGGCUCAAGACGUAUGCCAACUUCCCAGAAGCACCUCAGGAGGAGGCUUCUCUCAGCAAUAGGCUCAAGACGUAUGCCAGCUUCCCAGAAGCACCUCAGGAGGAGGCUUCUCUCAGCAAUAGGCUCAAGACGUAUGCCAACUUCCCAGAAGCACCUCAGGAGGAGGCUUCUCUCAGCAAUAGGCUCAAGACGUAUGCCAACUUCCCAGAAGCACCUCAGGAGGAGGCUUCUCUCAGCAAUAGAUGCGAGCUGAUUCCCUGGCUUAGGCUCAAGACGUAUGCCAACUUCCCAGAAGCACCUCAGGAGGAGGCUUCUCUCAGCAAUAGGCUCAAGACGUAUGCCAACUUCCCAGAAGCACCUCAGGAGGAGGCUUCUCUCAGCAAUAGGCUCAAGACGUAUGCCAACUUCCCAGAAGCACCUCAGGAGGAGGCUUCUCUCAGCAAUAGGCUCAAGACGUAUGCCAACUUCCCAGAAGCACCUCAGGAGGAGGCUUCUCUCAGCAAUAGGCUCAAGACGUAUGCCAACUUCCCAGAAGCACCUCAGGAGGAGGCUUCUCUCAGCAAUAGGCUCAAGACGUAUGCCAACUUCCCAGAAGCACCUCAGGAGGAAGCUUCUCUCAGCAAUAGGCUCAAGACGUAUGCCAACUUCCCAGAAGCACCUCAGGAGGAGGCUUCUCUCAGCAAUAGGCUCAAGACGUAUGCCAACUUCCCAGAAGCACCUCAGGAGGAGGCUUCUCUCAGCAAUAGGCUCAAGACGUAUGCCAACUUCCCAGAAGCACCUCAGGAGGAGGCUUCUCUCAGCAAUAGGCUCAAGACGUAUGCCAACUUCCCAGAAGCACCUCAGGAGGAGGCUUCUCUCAGCAAUAGGCUCAAGACGUAUGCCAACUUCCCAGAAGCACCUCAGGAGGAGGCUUCUCUCAGCAAUAGGCUCAAGACGUAUGCCAACUUCCCAGAAGCACCUCAGGAGGAGGCUUCUCUCAGCAAUAGGCUCAAGACGUAUGCCAACUUCCCAGAAGCACCUCAGGAGGAGGCUUCUCUCAGCAAUAGGCUCAAGACGUAUGCCAACUUCCCAGAAGCACCUCAGGAGGAGGCUUCUCUCAGCAAUAGGCUCAAGACGUAUGCCAACUUCCCAGAAGCACCUCAGGAGGAGGCUUCUCUCAGCAAUAGGCUCAAGACGUAUGCCAACUUCCCAGAAGCACCUCAGGAGGAGGCUUCUCUCAGCAAUAGGCUCAAGACGUAUGCCAACUUCCCAGAAGCACCUCAGGAGGAGGCUUCUCUCAGCAAUAGGCUCAAGACGUAUGCCAACUUCCCAGAAGCACCUCAGGAGGAGGCUUCUCUCAGCAAUAGGCUCAAGACGUAUGCCAACUUCCCAGAAGCACCUCAGGAGGAGGCUUCUCUCAGCAAUAGGCUCAAGACGUAUGCCAACUUCCCAGAAGCACCUCAGGAGGAGGCUUCUCUCAGCAAUAGGCUCAAGACGUAUGCCAACUUCCCAGAAGCACCUCAGGAGGAGGCUUCUCUCAGCAAUAGGCUCAAGACGUAUGCCAACUUCCCAGAAGCACCUCAGGAGGAGGCUUCUCUCAGCAAUAGGCUCAAGACGUAUGCCAACUUCCCAGAAGCACCUCAGGAGGAGGCUUCUCUCAGCAAUAGGCUCAAGACGUAUGCCAACUUCCCAGAAGCACCUCAGGAGGAGGCUUCUCUCAGCAAUAGGCUCAAGACGUAUGCCAACUUCCCAGAAGCACCUCAGGAGGAGGCUUCUCUCAGCAAUAGGCUCAAGACGUAUGCCAACUUCCAAGAAGCACCUCAGGAGGAGGCUUCUCUCAGCAAUAGGCUCAAGACGUAUGCCAACUUCCCAGAAGCACCUCAGGAGGAGGCUUCUCUCAGCAAUAGGCUCAAGACGUAUGCCAACUUCCCAGAAGCACCUCAGGAGGAGGCUUCUCUCAGCAAUAGGCUCAAGACGUAUGCCAACUUCCCAGAAGCACCUCAGGAGGAGGCUUCUCUCAGCAAUAGGCUCAAGACGUAUGCCAACUUCCCAGAAGCACCUCAGGAGGAGGCUUCUCUCAGCAAUAGGCUCAAGACGUAUGCCAACUUCCCAGAAGCACCUCAGGAGGAGGCUUCUCUCAGCAAUAGGCUCAAGACGUAUGCCAACUUCCCAGAAGCACCUCAGGAGGAGGCUUCUCUCAGCAAUAGGCUCAAGACGUAUGCCAACUUCCCAGAAGCACCUCAGGAGGAGGCUUCUCUCAGCAAUAGGCUCAAGACGUAUGCCAACUUCCCAGAAGCACCUCAGGAGGAGGCUUCUCUCAGCAAUAGGCUCAAGACGUAUGCCAACUUCCCAGAAGCACCUCAGGAGGAGGCUUCUCUCAGCAAUAGGCUCAAGACGUAUGCCAACUUCCCAGAAGCAGCUCAGGAGGAGGCUUCUCUCAGCAAUAGGCUCAAGACGUAUGCCAACUUCCCAGAAGCAGCUCAGGAGGAGGCUUCUCUCAGCAAUAGGCUCAAGACGUAUGCCAACUUCCCAGAAGCAGCUCAGGAGGAGGCUUCUCUCAGCAAUAGGCUCAAGACGUAUGCCAACUUCCCAGAAGCACCUCAGGAGGAGGCUUCUCUCAGCAAUAGGCUCAAGACGUAUGCCAACUUCCCAGAAGCACCUCAGGAGGAGGCUUCUCUCAGCAAUAGGCUCAAGACGUAUGCCAACUUCCCAGAAGCACCUCAGGAGGAGGCUUCUCUCAGCAAUAGGCUCAAGACGUAUGCCAACUUCCCAGAAGCACCUCAGGAGGAGGCUUCUCUCAGCAAUAGGCUCAAGACGUAUGCCAACUUCCCAGAAGCACCUCAGGAGGAGGCUUCUCUCAGCAAUAGGCUCAAGACGUAUGCCAACUUCCCAGAAGCACCUCAGGAGGAGGCUUCUCUCAGCAAUAGGCUCAAGACGUAUGCCAACUUCCCAGAAGCACCUCAGGAGGAGGCUUCUCUCAGCAAUAGGCUCAAGACGUAUGCCAACUUCCCAGAAGCAGCUCAGGAGGAGGCUUCUCUCAGCAAUAGGCUCAAGACGUAUGCCAACUUCCCAGAAGCACCUCAGGAGGAGGCUUCUCUCAGCAAUAGGCUCAAGACGUAUGCCAACUUCCCAGAAGCACCUCAGGAGGAGGCUUCUCUCAGCAAUAGGCUCAAGACGUAUGCCAACUUCCCAGAAGCACCUCAGGAGGAGGCUUCUCUCAGCAAUAGGCUCAAGACGUAUGCCAACUUCCCAGAAGCACCUCAGGAGGAGGCUUCUCUCAGCAAUAGGCUCAAGACGUAUGCCAACUUCCCAGAAGCACCUCAGGAGGAGGCUUCUCUCAGCAAUAGGCUCAAGACGUAUGCCAACUUCCCAGAAGCACCUCAGGAGGAGGCUUCUCUCAGCAAUAGGCUCAAGACGUAUGCCAACUUCCCAGAAGCACCUCAGGAGGAGGCUUCUCUCAGCAAUAGGCUCAAGACGUAUGCCAACUUCCCAGAAGCACCUCAGGAGGAGGCUUCUCUCAGCAAUAGGCUCAAGACGUAUGCCAACUUCCCAGAAGCACCUCAGGAGGAGGCUUCUCUCAGCAAUAGGCUCAAGACGUAUGCCAACUUCCCAGAAGCACCUCAGGAGGAGGCUUCUCUCAGCAAUAGGCUCAAGACGUAUGCCAACUUCCCAGAAGCACCUCAGGAGGAGGCUUCUCUCAGCAAUAGGCUCAAGACGUAUGCCAACUUCCCAGAAGCACCUCAGGAGGAGGCUUCUCUCAGCAAUAGGCUCAAGACGUAUGCCAACUUCCCAGAAGCACCUCAGGAGGAGGCUUCUCUCAGCAAUAGGCUCAAGACGUAUGCCAACUUCCCAGAAGCACCUCAGGAGGAGGCUUCUCUCAGCAAUAGGCUCAAGACGUAUGCCAACUUCCCAGAAGCACCUCAGGAGGAGGCUUCUCUCAGCAAUAGGCUCAAGACGUAUGCCAACUUCCCAGAAGCACCUCAGGAGGAGGCUUCUCUCAGCAAUAGGCUCAAGACGUAUGCCAACUUCCCAGAAGCACCUCAGGAGGAGGCUUCUCUCAGCAAUAGGCUCAAGACGUAUGCCAACUUCCCAGAAGCACCUCAGGAGGAGGCUUCUCUCAGCAAUAGGCUCAAGACGUAUGCCAACUUCCCAGAAGCACCUCAGGAGGAGGCUUCUCUCAGCAAUAGGCUCAAGACGUAUGCCAACUUCCCAGAAGCACCUCAGGAGGAGGCUUCUCUCAGCAAUAGGCUCAAGACGUAUGCCAACUUCCCAGAAGCACCUCAGGAGGAGGCUUCUCUCAGCAAUAGGCUCAAGACGUAUGCCAACUUCCCAGAAGCAGCUCAGGAGGAGGCUUCUCUCAGCAAUAGGCUCAAGACGUAUGCCAACUUCCCAGAAGCACCUCAGGAGGAGGCUUCUCUCAGCAAUAGGCUCAAGACGUAUGCCAACUUACCAGAAGCACCUCAGGAGGAGGCUUCUCUCAGCAAUAGGCUCAAGACGUAUGCCAACUUCCCAGAAGCAGCUCAGGAGGAGGCUUCUCUCAGCAAUAGGCUCAAGACGUAUGCCAACUUCCCAGAAGCACCUCAGGAGGAGGCUUCUCUCAGCAAUAGGCUCAAGACGUAUGCCAACUUCCCAGAAGCACCUCAGGAGGAGGCUUCUCUCAGCAAUAGGCUCAAGACGUAUGCCAACUUCCCAGAAGCACCUCAGGAGGAGGCUUCUCUCAGCAAUAGGCUCAAGACGUAUGCCAACUUCCCAGAAGCACCUCAGGAGGAGGCUUCUCUCAGCAAUAGGCUCAAGACGUAUGCCAACUUCCCAGAAGCACCUCAGGAGGAGGCUUCUCUCAGCAAUAGGCUCAAGACGUAUGCCAACUUCCCAGAAGCACCUCAGGAGGAGGCUUCUCUCAGCAAUAGGCUCAAGACGUAUGCCAACUUCCCAGAAGCACCUCAGGAGGAGGCUUCUCUCAGCAAUAGGCUCAAGACGUAUGCCAACUUCCCAGAAGCACCUCAGGAGGAGGCUUCUCUCAGCAAUAGGCUCAAGACGUAUGCCAACUUCCCAGAAGCACCUCAGGAGGAGGCUUCUCUCAGCAAUAGGCUCAAGACGUAUGCCAACUUCCCAGAAGCACCUCAGGAGGAGGCUUCUCUCAGCAAUAGGCUCAAGACGUAUGCCAACUUCCCAGAAGCACCUCAGGAGGAGGCUUCUCUCAGCAAUAGGCUCAAGACGUAUGCCAACUUCCCAGAAGCACCUCAGGAGGAGGCUUCUCUCAGCAAUAGGCUCAAGACGUAUGCCAACUUCCCAGAAGCACCUCAGGAGGAGGCUUCUCUCAGCAAUAGGCUCAAGACGUAUGCCAACUUCCCAGAAGCACCUCAGGAGGAGGCUUCUCUCAGCAAUAGGCUCAAGACGUAUGCCAACUUCCCAGAAGCACCUCAGGAGGAGGCUUCUCUCAGCAAUAGGCUCAAGACGUAUGCCAACUUCCCAGAAGCACCUCAGGAGGAGGCUUCUCUCAGCAAUAGGCUCAAGACGUAUGCCAACUUCCCAGAAGCACCUCAGGAGGAGGCUUCUCUCAGAAAUAGGCUCAAGACGUAUGCCAACUUCCCAGAAGCACCUCAGGAGGAGGCUUCUCUCAGCAAUAGGCUCAAGACGUAUGCCAACUUCCCAGAAGCACCUCAGGAGGAGGCUUCUCUCAGCAAUAGGCUCAAGACGUAUGCCAACUUCCCAGAAGCACCUCAGGAGGAGGCUUCUCUCAGCAAUAGGCUCAAGACGUAUGCCAACUUCCCAGAAGCACCUCAGGAGGAGGCUUCUCUCAGCAAUAGGCUCAAGACGUAUGCCUACUUCCCAGAAGCACCUCAGGAGGAGGCUUCUCACAGCAAUAGGCUCAAGACGUAUGCCAACUUCCCAGAAGCACCUCAGGAGGAGGCUUCUCUCAGAAAUAGGCUCAAGACGUAUGCCAACUUCCCAGAAGCACCUCAGGAGGAGGCUUCUCUCAGCAAUAGGCUCAAGACGUAUGCCAACUUCCCAGAAGCACCUCAGGAGGAGGCUUCUCUCAGCAAUAGGCUCAAGACGUAUGCCAACUUCCCAGAAGCACCUCAGGAGGAGGCUUCUCUCAGCAAUAGGCUCAAGACGUAUGCCAACUUCCCAGAAGCACCUCAGGAGGAGGCUUCUCUCAGCAAUAGGCUCAAGACGUAUGCCAACUUCCCAGAAGCACCUCAGGAGGAGGCUUCUCUCAGAAAUAGGCUCAAGACGUAUGCCAACUUCCCAGAAGCACCUCAGGAGGAGGCUUCUCUCAGCAAUAGGCUCAAGACGUAUGCCAACUUCCCAGAAGCACCUCAGGAGGAGGCUUCUCUCAGCAAUAGGCUCAAGACGUAUGCCAACUUCCCAGAAGCACCUCAGGAGGAGGCUUCUCUCAGCAAUAGGCUCAAGACGUAUGCCAACUUCCCAGAAGCACCUCAGGAGGAGGCUUCUCUCAGCAAUAGGCUCAAGACGUAUGCCAACUUCCCAGAAGCAGCUCAGGAGGAGGCUUCUCUCAGCAAUAGGCUCAAGACGUAUGCCAACUUCCCAGAAGCACCUCAGGAGGAGGCUUCUCUCAGCAAUAGGCUCAAGACGUAUGCCAACUUCCCAGAAGCACCUCAGGAGGAGGCUUCUCUCAGCAAUAGGCAACUCCAGAAAUGCCCCGAGAACACUGUCCCAAGUCUAGAGGAACACCAACUUCAGCACAGCAACUCGAGGAAUGCUCCGUGUACCCCAAAUCGUCUCGAGAUGCGAGCUGAUUCCCUGGCUUAG